CAGGGUUAAAGAAAAGGCUGCUGAACUGACGACCCUUGCACUAAAGCAGGAAAUUGCUCAGCGGUGCGGCCCAAUGAUGGAAGAAAUGAAAAGGGUUUUGUGCACGUUAUGCGAAGACGGGGACAAAGAGUGGGCUUUAAAAUGUGGCCAUAUGUACUGCACUAAAUGCAUUUCCAGCCUUGAAAGUAACAGAGCUACAGAAGGAAUUCCUUGGGUGGACGAAAUUACUGGAGAGGUCCUAGUGACCUAUUAUGUAUCGCUGCCAAAAGAAUGCGCAUUUUGUAAAGGGUCCCUUGAAGACAAGAUCAAGUUGUACUUUUAGAUUGGGGCGCCCCACUAAUUUAUUCGAUUCAACAUUUAUUUCAAUAAAUGUUUAAAUAAUAUUAAUAAUAAUAUAUUAAGGUGUGUAUUGAAUUCGUUAAUUCUAACAUUGAUUGUCCUUUGUUAUGUAUCGUAAUAUAUGAACUGUUGUUUUUACAAUAAAACCAAUCUUAAGAUUCCCCACCAUUUACGCGGAAUGUUUAUUUAUGAACACCGCCUGAAAAUUAAUUGGCGAGUGAUUGGCGAGUGAUAAAAUUCAAUCGCUAGUUUUCCAACUGAAUAUUCUUCUCGCCUAUUUGCCUUUUUUCUGGAAUUGUAGCUGGCAUAAAUUAAUCACCAAACGGUAAGUAUAUCGGGGCGCCCCAUUUAUAUCAGGCCUAGUAAAUACUGUCGAAAAUUAACGAUUUUGAAUAACUGUAGAAAUGGACAGCGUAGAAUAUGCAGACGUCAGUGGGCAAGAAGACGAUAGUGCCACCGAUAGCAGUCAAUCUUCAUGUAGUCAGGAAACAAGUAAUAGUAAUGCAACCCAAUUGUCGAAAGAAGAUAUUCAAAGACUGAUUUCCCAAAAGAGUUCAAGAGUUGAGUUUAAAGAUAAAGAAUCCAGAUCGAAAGCUCCUUCAGAAGUGUGGUCAUCUUUUAAGAUUGUCUUCGUCGACGGUGCCAUGGUUGAUUACGUUAAGUGUCUAAAAUGUUGCGCAAUAUUAAAGUAUAAAGCACUUUCCGGGACAAGUACCCUUCGACGACAUGGACUUUUCUGCGGCGCCGCAACAAUUUCUCAGCCUGACAAAUGUAAAAAUGCGGAUACGGUGGAUAGUGGCAUUGCGAAAUUUUUGGUGAAGCAAAUCCCAAACUCAUACCUCCAAAAACUUAACGAUUCAAUUUUGGUGGGACUCGCCAGAGACCUUCGACCCUUAGGUACAACAGAACGCCUUGGAUUUAAAUUCAUUGCACAAAGUUUAAUUGACUUUGGGGCUAAAUUUGGACACCAUGAUGUUGAUGACAUUUUUCGACAUCGUACGACUUUGAAAAAGGAGAAUCUCCCUCGACUAGUUGGCCAGAUACAGUCAAAAAUUAAGUCAUGCCUUGAUGCGGCGCCGCAAAAUCCAGCUUUUGCUUUUACCUGACAUGUGGUCGGACAAAUACACGCAAAGACACUUUUUGUCGUUGACAAUUCAUUAUAUUAACGCCGAUUGGAAGCUUGUGCAUCAUCUGCUCGCAGUGGACGAAUUUUUAGGCGAAAGAAAAACUGCCGACAAUAUUCGGGAUGAGUGCGCAAGAAUUCUUCGAAGUUUUUUUGACACUGAAGAAGUAUCUUCUAUAAUGAAGAACUCUUGGAUGGUGACAGAUGGUGGCUCCAAUAUGCAAAAAGUAUUUGAAAAUCGUCAUUGUCACAAAAUCAAUCUUGCAAUCCACUGGUUGUUUAAUGACAAGAAAACCGGGGUCGACCCUGAGAAGGAGAAGCCGAACAGUGCCAAAAAACUCUUCGUCUUAUCGACAAAAUGUCCACAAAUUAAGGGCGCCCUACAUGGAGUAAAAGAUGUUGUCGCAUACUUCAAAAGAGCUGGAUUAAACUCUAAAUUGCCGUACUCAUUGAAGCAAGAUGUCCAAACCCGAUGGAAUAGUGAGCUAAUAAUGUUGGAGUCAUACCUUAAAUCUGCACAAGAAGUACAGCAAAUAUUAUUAGAAAAGGGCAAGCUUCAAAAGCUUUCAAGCAUUGAUAUUAGCAUUGUUCAAGAACUUGUGGGUUUUCUGAAGCCAUUUUUGGAGUGCUCCGCCAGUCUCAGUGGUGAUAAGUAUCCACCUAUUCAUCUCGUCGCACCGUGGUUUUUAAAAUUACGCCGACAUCUCCAAGAGGACGAAAAUGACUCUGCUGAAAUACGACUGCUUAAACAGCAGGGGCACAUUUGCUUGCAGGAAUAUAUGAAGAUCGACAGUUUCCUAUGGACUGCGUGUCUAUUGAACCCAAGAUAUAAAACACUCAAAGGUGCUACCGACGAGGAACGGAAGGACGCUUACGACAGGAUGAAGAUACUCAUGAUAUCGCUGGCGCAGGCUGUAGGAACUGCUGGUCGUGAUUCAGUUGAAAGUAUUGUUGGUAAAAGUUCACCCAUUGCUAAUAAGGGAAAAUUUGCUGAGUUCGAAGACUCGUCAGACGAGGAAUUAGAUGAUGACCCAGAAGUAGUUGCUAAGAAAGAGCUUGACUCCUACCUUGCAAUGAAAUAUAAAGUUCUUGAUUAUAAUGAUGAAGGUCAGCAUAUCCUGAAAUUUUGGUGUGGCGCCACACAAUUUCCACUGAUGCAGAAAAUUGCUCAAAGGAUAUUAUCCAUCCCCGCAUCACAAGCUAGCGAUGAGAGAGUAUUUUCAAGCACUGGUUUGACCUUGACCGCCCGUCGCACUGAACUCAGCGGCAGUACUUUAUCAAACCUGACAUUUGUUCAUAAAAACUACGACUUGUUUUUUUAGUGAACAUUAUUGACCUUAACAGCAU